UUUUUCUUCUUUUUCGUUACUCUGUUUUAGACUCUGCAGGGCCUCUGCAGACGAGGAGAAGAGAGAGAGAGAGUGAAAAGCACACAGAACGGAGCAAAGUAACAAAGCAGGUAAAGACGGUUGCUUCACUAGAAAACGCGUAAACCCUAGAGUGCUCUGUCUGUUUCCUUCAUUUUCAUGGAAAAUCUUUCGCAUUCUCGACAACAAAACGUGCUCUCCAAAAAGAGCUGCAAUGGCAGCAGCACCGCCAAGUCCAUUUACGACGACGUGUUCGGCGGGCCUCCCAGGUUCGGAGCCCCGACACUGUCUCCUCGGGUCGAGGACUACCGCGAGAUAUUCGAUGGCUUCCAGGCUUCACGCGCCUCCUCGAUUCCCGUGCUGGAUCUCCCAUUGGUCGAUGAGGCGGCUGAAGUUUUCUGCGAUGUGCGUAGCUCCGGUUUUGACUACGGUGAGGUUUUUGGAGGAUCGAAUGCCAAUGAUUUUGCACUGUAUUACGAUGAGUUGUUGAUGAUGGAGCAAUCCAACGGUCUUGGUGAUGAUUCCUCCUCUGACGAGGCUUGGGCUCCAGCAGAAGCUGAAAAUCUAUCAGAUGAGUCGGAUCAUUCCGCAAAGGAACAAUGCAUAUCGAAUGGAGACUCAUAUGACUCAAUUGAUGGCGAUAUGGAGUUCUACAUAUCUUAUAAUAAAGUUGGUCCAAGAAGCAAUGAAAAUUUGUCAAAUGGGAUUGCGCAUAUAACUCAGCCGCAUUCUGUUUCUGGAUGUACUUUUGUGGUUGAUAAAACCUCUUCCUUGCCAAAGACAGACUAUGAGUACCAACAUCUGCAGGCAAGCAAUGAUGAUCAUCUCAGUAUUGACUAUAGUGGGGAAGUGUUUAGGGGAAGGCAUCUAAGAAAAGUCAUGUCAUACCCGGCUAAUAGUACUAAUAACGAUGUGCUCUUUUUUGGAGAAGAUGUUAGACGUCACAAGGAAUUUGUCAGGAAUGGCUCUCUUCCAAAUGAGAUGUUUGUAACCAUUUCUAAUGUAAGCCUUAGAACUCAGCCCUCUCAUUUGCCACCUCCUACUAGACCACCACCUCCACUAGAUGUCUUAAGGGGAGAUUCUGGUAAAGCAACACCAACCUGUAAAAGUGUUACCUCUGAAGAGACUGCCGGUGAUAGUUCUCCUCCUUACUUUGAUGUAGAGGUAGAUGCAAGUUCCUCUGCUGCAGCCUCUGCUGCUGCUAUUAAAGAAGCAAUGGAGAAAGCUCAAGCAAAGCUCAAAAGUGCAAAAGAAUCAAUGGAGAGGAAGAGGGGGGGUGUUCAAAACCACUUAAAAUCCGGUGCAAAGAAUGACAGAAAAGACAAGGAAGAAAUGUUGACUAAGAUUGUUAAUGGCUCUGUUAGCAGAAAUGAUGAGAGAGAGCAGGGAAUUAGUCAAAUAGAGGAGAAUGGAAAAGAGUUUUCUAUCUUGGAGGAGAAGAAAAAGGUUAAAAGGACAACCCAGCCAAUUUCAGAUUCAUUAGAAGGGAAGAAACAUCUAGAUGUGGCCAAAAAGACUGCAGAGGAGAAUCAUGGAAGGGAAUCCUUACCAUCUCAAGUUUUUGAGAGAAUCGAUGGUGCUAGUGAAUGGAAAGAAGCUACUCAAUUUUUUGAACUGGUAACAAAUAAAUCUAGAAAGGCCUCUGACCAGGAAAACACUGAAAACGAUUUGUUGCAUAAUUCAAAUCUUCAUGAGCGUGCAAAGAAGGGAAAAGGGGAGAAUGUGGAAGCAUUGCAGCAGCUUGAAAGAAAUCACAAGAAAGUAAAAGCAGUUAGAGCAGAUGAUGAACCGGUGGACAGAAGAAGCAGUGGGAGAUCAGAAGUGGUAAACAGACAGAAAGGAAUUGAUAAGAAGUUACAAGUGGCUCGAGAGGCUUCUAGACAGGAAGGGGAUGAGAAGAAAUUUCUCAUGGACUGGAAACCUGUAGAAACUGAGAAGCAGCAGGCUGGAGCUGAUGACUUUCAGAAACAUGAGAACUAUGUAGAGGUUCAACAGAAAGAAAGCAAAAUUGCAGCUAGGCAGACUAUGAAGCACAGGGAGAAAGGAUUACGGCCAAAAGAGGAUAGUAGAAGUAUGGAGGAUGUGAAAAAAUUUACUCAUGAAAAGGGAGACAGUGAAAGGAGGCAAAGAAAGGUUUUUGAGCUUGAAGAAAAUGAGAGAAAGGUUAAUGUGCCUCUUCAACAAGCAGAAAAUGACAGAAGGCUGAAGAAGGCUGUCCAUAAGCAGGAAGAAAAUGAGAAUAUACUCAGAGAAGCUUAUGAAAGAGAAGAAAAUGAGAGGAGAUUAAGGGAGGCGCUUAGGCGGGAAGAAAAUGAGAGGAGACUGAAAGAGGCUCUUGAGAAGAAAGAGAAUGAGAGGAUACUGAAGGAGACUGGUGAGAAGGAAGAGAGACUGAGAAGACAAAGAGAGGCUGUUGAACGGCAAGAGAAUGAGAAUAGACCAAGAGAGGUUCGUGAAAGAAAAGAAAAUGAGAAGAGACAGAGAGAGGCUCUUGAAAGAGAAGAAAAUGAGAAGAGACAGAGAGAUGCCCGUGAAAGAGAAGAAAAUGAAAAGAGAAAGAGAGAGGCUCGUGAAAGAGAAGAAAAUGAGAAGAGACAGAGAGAGGCUUGUGAAAGAGAAGAAAAUGAGAAGAGAAAGAGAGAGGCUCGUGUAAGAGAAGAAAAUGAGAAGAGAUUAAAAGAGGCUCUGGAGAAGGAAGAGAAUGAAAGGAGGAUGAAAGAGAUUGUUGAGGUGGAAGAGAGACAGAGAAGGCGAAGAGAGGCCAUCGAAUGGGAAGAAAAUGCAAAGAGAGAAAGAGAAGAAAAUGAGAAAAGGCUAAAGGAGGCUGAGAAGGAACAGAAUGAGAGGAGACUAAAAGCAGCUGUUGAACAUGAAGAGAAUGAAAAGAGACAAAGAGAGGUCCAUGAAAAAGAAGAAAAUGAGAAGAAUGAGCCUCGUGAAAAAGAGGGAAGUGAGAAGAGGUGCAAGGAGACUUUUGAAAGAGAAGAAAUUGAACUAGAGGCUUUAGAAAGAGAAGUUGGAAAGAGACUAGAAGAGUUAUGCGAGCAACAAGAUAAAUGCAUGGCUUCAAGAAGGGCUCAGGAAGCAGAAGUAAGUGAAGUGGCACUAAAAGAGGACCAUAAGCCAGAAGAGAAUAGGACCUCAUCUCAAGACACAUGUGAGUGGGAAGAAACAGAGGCAAAACAUAUAGAUGUUGGAGAGAGUGGAAAACAGAAGGCACUAAACAAGAUGGGGAAGGAUCACAGUGUAUUGAAUCAGGCAUGUGAGUUGGGUAAUGAUAAGAGCCUUGGAGCAACUCAAUUACCUGGCAAAAAUGAGGGGAACAGCGAAAAACUAGAAUUAACUAAGGAGUUUGCUAAUGAAGAAACUAGCAAGAUAAUGAAUGAACUGAGAAAUGGUGAAAAGGAAGUAGCAUCUGGCUUCGCCCUAGGCAACUUAGAAGAUGAAAAGAGCCAAUUCCUAAUGGAAGAUUCAACUGACACUGAACAGAACAUUAGGAGUACCUUUCGAGUGGACCUGGGUAUUGGAAAUCAAGGGAAGAAAUUUCCUUAUGAAAAGAGUGAGAAAGGAAAGAAUAUUGAGCAAACCCAAGUUUCCCUAAAUCCGGAAAUCAGCAAUGUCAGUUUCAUGUCAGCUAAAACAGUGAAAGAAUCAGUUGAUAGUGCAAGGAAAAUGGGAGGAGCUCAGCCAGCUGUAUUCGAAGUGAAAGAAAGCAUUCAAAGAACAGCUCAGCGGGUUAAUACAACUCAGAGCACUGAAAGAAAAGUGAAGAAUUCUCAUGAGACUAUUUCAUCAGAAGACAAAGAAGCAGAAAGAAUGAAGAGAGAAAGAGAGCUGGAAAUGGAACGCCUUAGAAAGUUGGAAGAAGAGAGGGAGAGGGAAAGGGAAAGAGAGAAGGAUAGGAUGGCUGUUGAUAAAGCAGCACUUGAUACUCGUGAAAGGGCAUAUGCUGAAGCUCGUGAGAGGGCAGAACGGGCUGCUGUGGAAAGAGCAACUGCUGAAGCUCGACAAAGAGCACUAAAUGAGGCCCGUGAAAGAUUGGAGAAGGCAUGUGCAGAGGCUAGGGAAAAGUCCCUAACUGAUAAGGCAUCUAUGGAGGCCAGGCUCAGGGCAGAACGCGCAGCAGUAGAGAAAGCAACUGCAGAAGCAUGGGAGCGUGCUUUUGAAAAAGCAAUGGCUGAAAGAGCUCCUUUUGAGGCAAGAGAACGAGUAGAAAGAUCUGUUUCAGAUAAAUUCUCUACUUCUUCCAGGAGUAGUGGAAUGAAAGAAAGCUCUUCAUCCUCUGAUCUACAAGAUCUGCAAUCCCAAGGCUCAGGCUCAUUUAGUGGUUCAAGAUAUCAAUAUUCCUCCGUUUAUGGUGAAAGAUUCGAAGGAGUAGAAGGUGAGUCAGCUCUGAGGUAUAAGGCUAGAUUAGAGAGACAUCAAAGAACAGCUGAACGUGCGGCGAAAGCCUUGGCGGAGAAAAACAUGCGUGAUCUUUUUGCUCAAAGAGAACAAGCAGAGAGAAAUAGAUUAGCAGAAACUCUGGAUGCUGAUGUCAAGAGGUGGUCAAGUGGGAAAGAAGGAAAUUUGCGAGCAUUGCUUUCAACCUUGCAAUAUAUACUUGGGCCUGAUAGUGGUUGGCAGUCAAUUCCACUGACAGAAGUUAUAACUGCAGCUGCGGUGAAGAAAGCUUACAGAAAAGCUACUCUUUGUGUUCAUCCUGACAAAUUACAACAACGUGGUGCAAGUAUUCAGCAGAAGUACAUCUGUGAGAAGGUCUUUGAUCUUCUGAAGGAAGCUUGGAAUAAAUUCAACUCAGAGGAGCGGUAGCAUAUCCGUGCUUAUUGAUAUCUACAGUCAGAUCACCAUUCUCUAAAUCCAAAGUAAAUAUCAUUAUAUGUAUCUAAUUCCUCUUUUGUAGUUUCAGAAUAUAAUUUUAUGCAAAAAGAAGUAGGAAUUAAACGAAGAUUAUUCAAGGAAAA